CGAACGACUCAUUCGCGAACGACUCAUCACUACUACACAGUAGUAGCAGGCGCUUUCGCGCAGUUGCCGAAUGUGCUCGCCUGUGUGUUCGUGCAGAAAACUAAAGGAGAGACUGCUGAGUUGAACAAGGUAGUUAUUGCAACGAGAAAGGAAGGGGAUAUUUAGCUAAUCUUUUAAAAGACUAAACUGGACCAGAGGACCUCUCUCCCUUGCAUACAUGUGUUAAAGGGAGGGAGGGGAACGGCACAGAAGGAUGUUUGAAUUACCCUCUACAGUUAACUUGCGAGAGUGUUUUUGCUGAGUUGAAAAUAUUAAGUUUAGGUUCGAGAAAAACAAGGUAACUCGAGCGCAAUGGAGAGCCAACCACCCGAGCCGCAAAUCUACGAGGACGUUCGAAAGAGCGGCUAUCUCCGCAAGCAGAAAUCCAUGCACCGGCGAUACUUCGUGCUCCGGACGGCCUCGGAGAGGGGCCCGGCCCGGCUCGAAUACUACGAGAGCGAGAAGAAAUUCAGAGGAAAGACACCCGUCCCCAAGAAAGCGCUGGUGCUGGAGACGUGUUUCAACAUCAAUAAGCGGGCUGAUGCCAAGAACAAGCACAUGCUAGUGCUGUACACUCGGGCGGAGAGCUUUGCCAUCGCGGCAGAAAACGAGGCGGACCAGGACGAAUGGUAUCAGGCCAUGGUGGAGCUGCAAUGCAAAAGUAAGGUGGCUAGUACCGACACCGGUCCGGGAGGGGACUACGGUGUACCCACCCCAGGCCCAGCCUUCAAGGAGGUGUGGCAGGUCAAGGUGUGGCCAAAGGGGCUGGGCCAGGCCAAGAACCUGGUGGGUGUCUACCGGCUGUGCCUGACUGAGAAGACGGUCAACUUCGUCAAGCUUAAUUCAGACGCCGCAGCCGUGGUCCUGCAACUGAUGAAUGUGAGGCGCUGCGGUCACUCCGAGAACUUCUUCUUCGUGGAGGUUGGUCGUUCCGCGGUCACGGGCCCCGGGGAGUUCUGGAUGCAGGUGGAUGACUCUGUGGUGGCCCAGAACAUGCAUGAGACCCUGCUGGAAGCCAUGAAGGCCUUGAGCGAGGAGUUCCGCCAACGCAGCAAGUCGCAGUCCAACUCCGGACCAGGAGGGGGCGCUACAGCCUCCAACCCCAUCAGCGUCCCCUCGCGACGCCACCACCCCAACCCGCCCCCCAGCCAGGUGGGCUUCACCCGCAGGCCCCGCACUGAGCCGCCUGGAGGGGCUGGAACUGGGGGCAACAGUGCCAAUGCAUCGCCCACUCCCCGCCACAGCUUCCCCAGGUCACGCACAGCCAGCGACGGGAGUAAAGGUGAAGAAGGUGUGGGUGGAGCGUGUGGAGGGGUAGGGCAGAGUUCCAGUCUUACUACCAACGGGUCCUGCUCCACCACGCCCAUCCUCAGGUCCAAAUCGGCCCGCUCGGCCCCCACCCUGGCCAAGAACAACCCCAUGGGCCUGAUGCGCUCUGUCUCCACCCCAUCCCCCUCCCCGGCCCCCAGCCUCUCCUCCAGCUCCGGCCACGGCUCAGAGUUUGGGAUAGUGGUGGGUGCGACCGGAGGGGGGGGUGGUGGAGCAGGGGCCAGUGCAUACAGCCGCGUCCCCUCGCACAACGCUUCCGUGUCGGGCUCCCCCAGCGACUAUGGCUCCUCGGACGAGUACGGCUCCAGCCCUGGGGAGCAAUCCUCCCACUCUCUCCUGGCCCCCUUCCCCAACAUGCCUGGAGGGUCAGCCGGGUCGGGCGGCCACGGUCAACCCCUGGACGAUGAGGCUGCUAACUACACCCUAAUGGGUCAGCGUGGUGGUAGUGGAGCCACGUCAUCUGGCUGUCUGCCUGCUGGUGCAUCCAGCUCAGCCCCUUCCCACCAGGCCCAGACCAAGAGGGUCUUGCGUCGCUCCUCCAGCCGGGAAUGUGAGGCUGAGAGGGGGCUGCUGAGCAAGCGGGCGUCCCUGCCCCCCAUGGCACUGGAACGCCUGGCCCCACGGCCCCGCAGGGGGGAGGAGGAGCAGGACGAGGAUGCGGCCGACUACGCCAUCAUGUCACGAAGCACCAGCAGGGAGUCCUUCACCACCUCCUCCUCUUCACGGAGAGACUCUGAAAUAAGCCACGGUGGAGAGGGGGGAGGAGGGGGGUACCUGGAUGUGGCUGGAGAGUUGGGUGGAGGUGGAGGUGUAGUGCGGGAUAAUGGCUACAUGUCCAUGCUCCCGGGAGGAGUGACCCAACCCCCUGUCAACCUCACCAACUCUCUUUCCGCCUCGGUUGCUGACGAGUCCAAGCUGGCGGACGACUACAUGGCCAUGACACCCAACAACAGCGUAUCACCGCCACAACAGAUCCGGCCCCCUCCCGGAGACGGCUACAUGAUGAUGUCACCCAACAGCAGCUGCUCUCCGGACCAGCGUGGUGGCCUGACAGGCGGGGCCUGGGUGGGCAGCAGCAGCGCGGACAGCCGGGCGGGCAGCGACUACAUGAACAUGUCCCCCAUCAGCGCCCGCUCGGCCAACAGCAGCCCCCCUCCCCCCGAGCACCCCCCUCAGACAGACCCCCAUCCCCUUCAGCAGGCCCCUCAGACAGACCCCAAUCCCCUUCAGCAGGCUCCCAAGAUGGUCUACUCCUACUACUCACUGCCCCGCUCCUACAAACACACGCCACCUGGUGGACACUUUGAGGACGGCCGAGGAAGGAGGCCCAAUGGGAGCGGUGGUGGUAGAGGGGUUGGCAGAGCAGUGGGUGGUCGUCAGGACCCCAAUUUGGGUGCGGUCCAAGGUCGCCACCUGUCCCUCUCCUCGUCCUCAUACUCCUCCAGCUCGGCCAGCAGCGAGAGCCUAGGGGAGAAUGAGGACAGGUCUUCCCAGGGAGCAGGCCCCUCAGGUGGGGGAGCUCACUCUAAAGACAUAGGGCUCCUCCAGCAGAGACGGGCGGCCCCCAAGCAGGGCCAGCAAGGGGGAGCCAGGACCCGGCCGGUCAGCCUGUUUGUGGACGUUUCCAAAGCCAACACCCUCCCCAGGGUCCGUGAGAACCCCCUCCCCCCGGAGCCCAAGAGCCCAGGGGAGUAUGUGAGCAUCCAGUUCAGAGGAGGGCCAGGAGGUGGGGAAGGGAGGGGACUCAGACAUGGGAUGUCCCUCCCUCGCGGUUCCAGCCAGCGCCCCUCACACCAGCCCACGUCCUGCCUGGGGGGGUUCCUGCCCCUCUCCCGCAGCCCCUCUGCCCCCCUGACACCGCUCACCCCACCAUCAGCCUCUGAGUAUGUCAACAUGGACCUGGGGCCCUCUCCGUCCCCCUCGCCCCUCUCCCUGACACCGCUGGGCUUCCCUUCCUUCCCCACCCCUCCUACGCCCCCUCCCAUGGCCCUGGCACCCAAGGCCCGCGGUGUGCUCAGGGUGUCCCCUCAGCAGCAAGGGGAACCCCAGGGGGUUGAAGCAGGGCCCAGGAUAAACAGACAGACUACCCGCGUUGUGGUGACUCAAUCAGAAUCCCCUACCUCCUGCGGGGACUAUACAGAGAUGGCCUUCAGCCUGAACAACAACAGCGUUGCCAGCUCCAUGUCCAACAACACCUCCUCCAAAGCCCCCUCCCCAGCCAGCCCCGAGCCACCAGUCCCUGUCCUCACCUUGGGCCUGGACUUCCCCCUGGCCAAAACCGGGCCCAACCCAGACCACGGCGCUAAAGUGAUCCGGGCCGACGCCCAGGGCCGCAGACGCCACUGCUCCGAAACCUUCCUCCCCUCCCCCUCUCUCCCUCCCCAAUCCUCCAACUCUUCCUCUGUCGCCUCCCUCUUCCCGGAACACGCCCAGGCUGUGGCUCGCCGUCUGGGGUUGGAGGGCGUGCUGUGGGGAAACGGAGCAUCAGCCGAGCAUCUCCCCUCGCAGUUCCUCCAUCCCGGGCCUGGCCUGCCCUCUGCCCAGACUUCAUCCAUGGAGCAAGGCCUCAACUACAUAGACUUGGACUUGGCUAACAAAGAGAACCCUCAUGCAGCCCUAGACGGGUCUUCAACCGUCCAGGCCAACCCCCUUCGCCUCUACUCGUCCAUGUUGACUGGGGGGGCCGGGGCAGUGGCGUCCGGGGCUGGAGUGGGGGGCAGUGUAGGCUCCAACCUCAACACCUAUGCCAGCAUCGACUUCUAUAAGUCAGAGGAGUUGCGAACGCAUCAGAACGGAAACAAGGAUGGUACAGGAUUAUUUGCCUUCGACAUCUAUAAUAAGAUGGUUGGAUAGAUGCAGUGCCUAUUCGAGUAUAUGACCAGAAUGCUGAUGUCUACGCCCUGGCCUUGGAAUUAUGGGGGGGGAAUUACAGGAGACUUGGAGAUCCCUAAGCUCCUCAUCCUUUUGUGACAACCAAUGGGAAGAGAGAGGAGUUGGACUGGUCACGCCCCUGAAGCACUUUGGAAAGACUGAUGGAAAACCUUUAUUUCGUUGCUUUCAGUUGAUUGGUUGUGAUACCAAUGGGGAUGCGUGCCGAUUAUAGCCCGUGAAGGAAGGACUCUCAACCAAUAAGAGAGAAGAAUAAAGACCGACUGCGGACGGGGAGCCAAUGAUAUUUUUCGAUCAUCAACCUAAAUGAAAACACAAUUAACCAAUCAAAAAGCAGGAUUUCCUCUAAUGAUGGCUGAAUAUACAUAGUAUUAUAAGGAAAUAUAUAGAAGUAUAUAUCUUUUCAAAAGUGCCUCAUUUUUUGAUUGUAGCCAUUUUACAAAGAACUUAGCAUUGACUAAGGAACUGAAGAAGCUUCAAUUGUUGUGCUCCUUUUGAAGUAGAAUAUGUUGUGGCGACCAGAUGUAACGGACAAAGAAGAGAGCACUGGUACUGGUAUAUAUUUUGAAUAAUAAUGAUGGUGAUGAUAAUAAUAAUAGCAAUUAGCUGGCCUGACUGUGUUACUGUGAGAGAUGUUAGCGGCAUAGCUUCUAAUGACUUUAUGCUCACCGCUUCAAUGUAGCUGACAGAUGUUUCUCUCUCUCUCCACUCUCUUUCAAUAUCUCUAUCUCUCUCUGCCCACACCUCUCAUCCAAGAAUGCAGAGUUAUUCUAUAUCACAUAUCAACAUGCUCACAUACUACACAAUAUGCUCUGGUCAAUAUGUAUUUAAUGCACAGAGAGACACUUGGCACUUGUUGCCGAAUAAAGACAACUAAAAAAAACAAUUGUAUGGAACUAUAUUUAACCAUAAAUAGUUCUUUCAAAUACUUGUAUUAAUUAUAACACAGAAAUAGAUUACUCCACAAUGUCCGUAAUCUUAGCCUAUCUAUACUGAACAAAAUAUAAAACACAACAUGUAAAGUGUUGGUCCCAUAUUUCAUGAGCUGAAAUAAAAGAUACCAGAAAUGUUCCAUACACACAAAAAGCUUAUUCUUUAGCUCCCGAGUGGCUCAGGGUUCUAAGGUACUGCAUCUCACUACAGACCCUGGUUUGAUUUCAGGCUGUGUCACAACCGGCCGUGAUUGGGAGUCCCGUAGGGCGGCGCACAAUUGGCCCAGCGUUGUUCGGGUUAGGGUUUGGCUGGGGUAGGCCAUCAUUGUAAAUAAGAAUUUGUUCUUAACUGACUUGCCUAGUUAAAUAAAGGUGAAAUAAAACAUUGAUAAAUACAUCU